AUGUUCACUUUUCAUCUGAAUAAACCCGCCAUCCCCUUUGGCAGCUUAGUUGUCAUUUCUGGCGUGAGCGGCUUCAUCGGGUCUCAUGUCGCGGAUCAAACGCUUGCUGCAGGCUACAGAGUUCGCGGGACCACCAGAAACUUACAGAAAAGCGCGUGGGUAGAGAAGCAUUUCAAGGAGAAAUAUGGCACAGACAGCUUUGAGCUCGCCUGCGUACCAGACAUGGCUGUGGAAGCUGCCUUUGAUGAUGUGGUUAUCGGCGCCGCCGGUUUCAUCCACGUUGCAAACGACAUGACCGGUUCCACGGAUCCGAAGAUCGCAAUACCCAAAGCCGUCGACGGUGCAAUCAACGCACUGAAAGCAUCGGCGAAAGAGCCUAAUAUGAAGCGGUUCGUAUACACGUCGUCUUCAUUCGCAGCAGCUUUACCGAGGCCGAACGAGAAGUUCACCGUAAAGGCGGAUACAUUCUAUGAAGAGGCUGUCAAAGGCGCCUGGGGGCCCAGUCCUCAUCGACAUACUGUGUACUCUGCCAGCAAAAUUGCAGCUGAGCGCGCAAUCUCCGCAUGGGUCGGCAACAACAAGCCAUCAAUAGUUGUGAACUUUGGUACGCUUUCUCCAGAUGCUGUCACCGAUGAUUUGCUGACGUGGCAUCCAGUCCUUCCCAAUGCCAACAUAGGUCCAGUGAUCAGCCCAUCCAACCAGGGAUAUCCGACAUCAGCGGGCUGGGUCAAGACGCUUUGGGACGGCGACUCACCCAAAAAUGCCCCGCCUCAACACUACAUCAAUGUACAAGAUGAUGCAAAGCUGCAUGUCAUUGCCUUGACACAUCCAGCGGUGCAGCGCGAACGUAUCUUUGCGGUGGCCGGGCCUGUUAGUCUCAAUGAUAUAAUCAGUAUUCUCCGCAAACUAUAUCCAGAGAGGCAAUGGGAGAACUUACCUGAUGAGGGGAAGGACUUGAGUACUUUUGAACCGAUCCGGAGGGCUGAAGACCUUUUGCUGGAAGCGUAUGGAACUGGUUUCGUGAGUCUUGAAGAGAGUGUCAAGGGAAAUGCCGUAGAUUUGGUGUCUUGA